CGAAACCGGUUCUUGUCGCGUUUCAGUUUAAGCAGGUGUUAGGAAUAUCAAGCCUUAAUGAAAAAUAUUUCCGCAUUUUACCGGGUUAGCCUAAAUAAUAAUUAUUUGUUUGCAUUCGCGAGCACCUAUUCAAGCAAAUAAUAGCGGGGACCUAGCAACAUACACUAACUGAUUCAAGCUCUGCGUGAAUUGUAAUAUUGAAUAGCAUAAAGGAGUGGUGUUGAUUUGCCCCAUUUUCUUUGAAUAUGUGUUCAUUUUUUCGUUGAUAAACGGUGCUGGAACGACAUGCCGGGGAAAUGACCAACUGCGGUUAGCCAGAUUGCUAACCGUUUGCUCACUUUACUGUUUUGUGCUGGAUUUCUUUUUGGGUCUAUUAGAUGGCUAUCUUCCUUACAUCGAUGGCUUGCAAGCUAACUUAGUGCUAUGGUGUAAACUAUUUGGUGUGAUGAAAUCGCUUCAGUGAUACCCUGUGUUGCCGAACUGCGUCAGCAGGCGGGCGCUGCAGGUACUCUGCUGCUGCGGUUGUUUCUGAACAACCAUGGUAAAACCAUUCUGGAAACGUCAGUGAUACCUACUGAAAUUAUCGGCAGAAAUGGAAUCGGCGGGUGAAUCGAAUUCUGAUCCCCCGUUGGGAUAUAAAUAUCAAUCGGUUCCCAAUUCUGAGUGUGAACUUAACAUUAAUAUGUACGAAACCAUCAGCGACAGUAAUGUCAAUAACAUGGACACUUCAGCUGUGUUGAGAGGGGGGAGUGAUCCUAGUGCAUAUCCUCCAUCAAAUUAUCAGAGAAUUGUGCGUCAAAGAUUUAUCAGAAGAAGUUUGUGGUUCUCUGACUCUGACGAGCAAGCGUUUGAACCACCCGAAUGUGACAACCGAAGCAAAAUCCUGAAUAUAAACCUUCGCACUAUUGUAGACCGGACAUUGGGAACUCGUGGAGGUUUAGAAGAAGGCUCUAGCACUGAGAGUCAAUGUGGACAAAAAGACAGUGCAACGGAAAGUGUUAGCGCUGACGAGGACAAGGACAAGGUGGAACAGAAAAGCAAUGCUGCACCCUCCGACAGUGCAAAAAAUGCUGGAAAAGCAGCCAGCGACGAGAACGAAGAGGAGGCCGAGAUGAAAGCUGUGUCCACAUCACCAGGGGGCAGGUUCCUCAAGUUUGAUAUUGAACUUGGUAGGGGGUCUUUCAAGACGGUCUACAAGGGUCUCGACACAGAAACCUGGGUUGAAGUUGCAUGGUGUGAACUUCAGGACCGGAAGCUGUCCAGAGUGGAAAGGCAGAGAUUUAAGGAGGAGGCGGAGAUGCUGAAAGGUCUACAGCACCCUAACAUCGUGCGCUUCUAUGACUUCUGGGAGUCCCCACUCAAAGGGAAGAAGUGCAUCGUGCUGGUGACUGAGCUCAUGACAUCAGGAACCUUGAAAACCUAUCUGAAGAGGUUCAAGGUGAUGAAGCCUAAGGUGUUGCGGAGCUGGUGCCGACAGAUUCUGAAAGGCCUGCACUUCCUGCACACCAGAACCCCGCCCAUCAUUCACCGGGACCUCAAAUGUGACAACAUCUUCAUCACGGGCCCGACAGGCUCGGUUAAGAUAGGCGAUCUUGGCCUUGCCACUCUGAAAAGGGCCUCUUUUGCCAAAAGUGUCAUUGGCACUCCUGAGUUCAUGGCUCCGGAGAUGUACGAGGAGCACUACGAUGAGUCUGUGGACGUGUACGCCUUCGGGAUGUGCAUGCUGGAGAUGGCCACCUCAGAAUAUCCGUACUCCGAGUGCCAGAACGCAGCGCAAAUCUAUCGCAAAGUCACCAGCGGGGUGAAGCCUGCAAGCUACAACAAAGUCACUGAUCCAGAAAUCAAGGAAAUCAUCGGAGAGUGUAUCUGCCAAAAGAAAGAGGAAAGGUACUCCAUCAAGGACCUCCUGAACCACGCCUUUUUUGCCGAGGACACGGGGGUGCGGGUGGAGCUUGCCGAGGACGACGACGGGAAGAAGUCGUCCAUCGCCCUGAAGCUGUGGGUGGAGGACGCCAAGAAGCUGAAGGGCAAAUACAAAGACAGCGGUGCCAUAGAGUUCUCCUUUGACCUGGAGACGGAGGACCCGGAGGUGGUGGCUCAGGAAAUGGUGGAGUCCGGCUUCUUCCACGAGAGCGACGCCAAGAUCGUGGGGAAGUCGAUCAGGGACCGCGUGUCGCUCAUCAAAUGGAAGCGGGAGAGGACCAUCCCGUCGGGGGAGGGGGAGGAGCAGAGGGACAGGGAGGUGCAGGAGGGCCCCCGGGCCUCUCAGGCAGUCCCCCAGGUCCCGGCGGUCCAGGCCGUCCAGGCAGGACCUCCCGCCCCCCACGAGUCCGAAGAGACUGACGCUCGGCUCUGCAACAUGCCCGCCAGCGCCACGUCUGUUACAUCGGACAGCACCUUUGAUAGCGGCCUGGGCUCCAUGGUGUACUCUGAUUCACACAGCAGCCAGCGCAGUGUGCUGUACCAGUCUCUGCAGGAGCCUAUCUCUGCUGCACCCUCCACUGCCCAGCAGCGUCAUUUCAGCCAUCCCUGCGUGGUCCAGGAGCCCCCCGGCUGCGACUGGCACAGCCAGGCGUUAGGGGCGGCUGCGGGGGGCAGGCGGGGCAGCGCCUCCAUCAUCGAGAUGCUGAGGCGACGCCCUCAGCUGCCCCAGCUUCUGCGGCCCUGCUGCUGCCGGCGGGGCCUGGGCCAGCAGGGAGACGCGGAGGCCCUGCCCCCGCUCCCCGGCGCCCUGCUGCUGCUGCAGGUGCCUCCGCCGGCCUGGGAGUCCCGUCGCCACAGCGACUCGUCGGCCGAUCCUCGGGAGGGCCGGGGCGAGGCGCCGGAGCUCAGGCAGCACCGGCCCAAUCCGGUCCCCCAGACGCACUACUGCCUGGCCUGCAUGGCCCUGCUGCUGAAGCCCAGGGGGGAUGUCGGCCUUGCCCCCAGCCCCGGGCCUCCAGCCAGCCCACAGCGCCCCCUCUCCCCCUCGCCCGGCAGCAGGACCAGCCUUGACAGCAGUGACCUCUCCUCCUUACACAAGUCCUUACAGCACAUCAUCAGCCGCAAGCCCGCCUCUGCCCACCUAAAAGUGCCUGCCCCCUCCGAGGGCCCCAGCUACGGGGAGCCGGUCGCGUACGGUCAUGAGGACUGUGGCCCCGGGCCGGAGGUGAAGGGCCCGCCCGCACCCACCGCCGCUCAGGCUAGCAGACCCCCCUGCCCUGGUGAAAAGCGACAUGCUGAAAUGCUCGGUGUGUCAGCGGUCCUGAACCCGGCUCUGUCUGCAGUGGGCCAGCAGUCUUUCCACCAGACUGCGCUGGGUUUCCUGGCGGGGUCCUCCACUGCACCACUCAGCCAGCAGCCGGCGCAGGCUUUCCCAGCUGCUGUGCCUCCUGUGCAACAGCACCAACAGCCAGGUGGGGCUUUUCCAACUGUGCCCUCUGUCCACCCACAGCAUCAGCAGCCUGUGCAGACUCUACCCACUGCGGUGCCCCCUGUGCAGCACGUCCAGCAGCCAGUCCCGGCCUUCUCCAAUGCAGUGCCCACUGCGCAACAGAUCCAACAGCCAGUGCCGGCCUUCUCCACUGCAACUCCCACUGCACAACAGAUCCAACAGCCAGUCCCGGCAUUCUCCAAUGCAGUGCCCAUUGCGCAACAGAUCCAACAGCCAGUCCCAGCAUUCUCCAAUGCAGUGCCCACUGCGCAACAGAUCCAACAGCCAGUCCCGGCAUUCUCCAAUGCAGUGCCCACUGCGCAACAGAUCCAACAGCCAGUGCCGGCCUUCUCCACUGCUGCAGCCACAAUGCAACAGAUCCAACAGCCAGUGCCGGCCUUCUCCAGUGCGCGACAGAUCCAACAGCCAGUGCCGGCCUUCUCCACUGCACAACAGAUCCAACAGCCUGUGCCGGCCUUCUCCACUGCAACUCCCACUGCACAACAGAUCCAACAGCCAAUGCCGGCCUUCUCCACUGCACAACAGAUCCAACAGCCAGUGCCGGCCUUCUCCACUCCAACUCCCACUGCACAACAGAUCCAACAGCCAGUCCCAGCAUUCUCCAAUGCAGUGCCCACAACGCAACAGAUCCAACAGCCAGUGCCGGCCUUCUCCACUGCACAACAGGUCCAGCAGCCAGUGCCGGCCUUCUCUACUGCUGCAGCCACAACGCAACAGAUCCAACAGCCAGUGCCGGCCUUCUCCACUGCUGCUCCCACUGCACAGGGCAUCCAAACUACUCCUCUUCCCCCCGGCAAUCAGCUGCUCUCUAUGGGGCAGAGCUUUCCCCAAGCCGGCACUACCAGACAGAUCUCCUCCCCUCUGCCAGCAGCACUCUUCACACAGUUCCCUCCAUCAUAUCCUGUUACUCCAGCAGCAGCUGCCAUUGCUGGAACUGAACCUUACCCUCAUCCUGUCCCUCCUGCAUACUUCGCCCCCGGACAGACUGUCCCCUCCCUGCAGACAGGGGGCGCCCUUCCUGUACCUGGUUCUGUAACCCUGCCAUGCGCUGGCGCCACCCCUUCUGUGCCGCCGGUUGCCAUGGCAAUGGCCAGCCAUUCGGCUCCGCCCACAGUCCCGCCCCCACAGCAGGGUUAUCCCUGCAGUCUGCAGCAGGGUUUGAAAACAGAGGCUCCUCCCCUGCAGCCUGCCCCCGCCCCUCCCCAUCUCUUAAUGCAGCAGGCCCCGCCCACCAGCCUUAAUCCCGCCUCUGUACCUGAACCAGCCCAACCGGUCUCUGAGCACCCUGCACAGAAGAGUGUGGGGCAGAAGGUGUCCAGCUGCCCCUCUGACCCCCCCCAGCAGGGCGUACCGCAGGGCCCCGCUCCGGUCCUUUCGGGUCAGCCUGUCGUCUCGUCCCCGCCGGACCCUGGAGCUGCCGCAGUGGGGCUGGAUCAGACCCAGGACCCGGCUCUCCCUCCGCAGCUCCCUGGCACCCAGACCGCUGCAGCUGGCCCUGCUGUAGCCUGCCAGGCCCCGAGUCAGCAGCCCCAGGCCCCCACAGAACCCGGCAUGGAGGAGCCUGUACCGGAUAAACAGGUGGCAAUUCCCAGCUACGGUUACGACAGCGUCAACUCCGACGCCACCUCCGGGAAGGAGAUGAGUGACGGCGGGGAGGGGAUGCAGGCCGGCGGGAAGUCCGAUGGGAAAGCCAGGAAACACCACCGCCGCUCCACGCGGGCGCGGUCCCGCCAGGAGAGGACCACCAAGCCCAAACUGAGCAUGCUCAACGUCUGCAAUACGGGCGACAAGAUGGUGGAGUGUCAGCUGGAGACUCACAACCACAAGAUGGUGACGUUCAAGUUCGAUCUGGACGGAGACGCUCCUGAGGAAAUUGCGACGUACAUGGUGGAGAACGACUUCAUCCUGCCCAUAGAGAAGGAGAUCUUCAUCGAGCAGCUGAAGGACAUCGUGGACAAGGCGGAGGACAUGCUGAGUGAGGACACUGAGGGGGAGAGGAGCUCGGACCAGGGGGCCAGUCCCCAGCAGGGCCAUUCCUCAAGCCUCCCGGGGGGAGAGUGUGUGAAGACCCUUCAGGGCCAGGCCAACCAGCCCGUCUAUCAGCAGAACGUGCUCCACACAGGGAAGAGGUGGUUCAUCAUCUGCCCGGUGGCAGAGUCUCCCCCGCCCACCAAGGAGACGGCUUCAUCCACAGCGCCUUCAACAGCGCUGGAGCCAGCAGCCCAUCCCCCUGCCGCACUGCCACCAGAGGGCGCUGCAUCGCUCCAGGAGGCCUUGCGGGCUGGUGGCAGCCCCGCCCCAGCCCUGGCCCCCUCGGCCCGGGCCCCAGCACUGUCCGGGACUCCCGCGGCCCCUCUGCCCGCGCAGACCCAAACGCAGGAUGUGAACGGUAACGUGGGGGACUCCAAGCCCGCGGUGGCUCAGGGUGCGGGCAGCGACAUGGCGUCCGCUGAAGAGCCCCUCGCCGCUCCCCCGAGCUCCGCCCCGCCCGUCCUCGCCCCGCGCCGGGCCGCCGAGGUCACCUGCUCCGCCGCCGUGGUGACGGACAUCCCCUGCUGCCCCCUGGUGCCCCCCCUGUCCCUGGACGUCACCACGUCCCCGCCCCCGCACCCCCCCGGUCAGGGAGACCCCGCCCACCCGGCCGUGGUGCUGCAGCAGCCCUUCGCCACGCCCAUACCGGCCUCCAUGGGAGGGGCCAAGCCCCCCUCUCAGCCCCAGAGCCCCGCCCAGGCUCUGCCUCCCGCCUCCCAGCAGGGGCCGGGGGAGUCUGACGGGGAGGGCCCGCCCCGGCUGGAGUUCGUCGACAGCACCAUCAAGACCCUCGACGAGAAGCUGCGCAAUCUUCUGUACCAGGAGCACGUGCCGUCGCCCCCUGCUGGCAGCGCCGCGGACACAGCCAGCUCCGGCACCGAGUUCGGAAACUCCCCUCCGGUCUCCGACGGACAGGCAGGGGAGAGACCCUUCAUGAAAGGAGACCCGCUGCCUCAGAUCCCAGAGAGAGCAGACAGCCUAGCUGCCCUCAGUGACUCUGCUGUGGCUGCUUCAACGAGGACAAGUAAUAAAGAGAUCACCAGCUCCAGUGCACAGUCCGGUCCCAAAGGCCGUUUCCAGACGGUUCCCACCGCCCCGGACGUGGUGAGGAGGCUGGAGCGCAGCCGGAAGAGCAGGAGCUCCUGCGGGUCGCCCGUCCCGGGGGGCCCCGGGGGCCCCGGGGGCAGGGAGGGGCCCCAGGCGGGCGGGGCGUCCGCGGGCCUGCCCGUCACCACCAUCGGCCGUUUCUCCGUCGUCAGCGCCGAGGGCGAGGCCAAGCCCCGCCACAACCGCUUCUCCGCCCCGCCGGACUUCUACCCCGCCGGCGCGUCCGCGGACGUGACGGUGCACAGCCUGCCGCCCUCCUCGGACUCGGACAGCGGGCGGUGCCGGCCGGCCCGGGCCCCGGGGCCCUCGGAGCACGGCGGCAGCGACCUGAUGAAAAAGGCCGUGGCCUUCCUGCGCCGCACCGGACGCAGCAGCAGCGCGCACAGCUCCGACUCGCCCGGCCGCCAGGGCCACGCCCCGCCCGUACACGUCUCCGCCCUGCACUCGCACUCCUCCUAUGUCAGCAGCGACAACGACUCCGAGCUGGAGGACGCCGACAUCAGGAAGGAGGUGCAGCGGCUCCGGGAGAAGCACAUGAAGGAGAUCUCUGAGCUGCAGUCCCACCAGAGAGGGGAGAUCGAGCUGCUGUACAGCAAGCUGGGCAAACCCCUGCCCCCGGGGGUGGGCUUCCUGCACACAGCGCCCCCCACUGGCCGGAGGCGCAGGGCCAGCAAACACAAGCUGAAGGCUGGGAAGCUGCUCAACCCUGUGGUGCAGCAGCUGAAGAGCGUCAGCAGCAAGCCCAGCGACGGAGAGAGUGCAGUGGGCUUGGCUGAUUCCUCAGCCAAGGGGUUGGACCUGGUGGGCAGCAGCGCCUCCUCCAAUGGCAGCGGCUCCCUGCCCUCCUCCGUGUCCGAGCCGGUCCAGACCCAGCAGCCCUGCUCGCUCAAGGGCUCCCUGUCCUCCGACAACAUCUACUCCGGCUUCCACAGCGACGGAACGGGGCCCCACACGCUGGGCCAAGGCUGGACGGUUUACCACCAGACAUCAGAGAGAGUGACCUAUAAAUCUAGUAGCAAACCUCGUACUAGAUUCCUCAGUGGGCCUGUCUCUCUGUCCAUCUGGUCCACCCUGAAACGACUAUGUCUAGGCAAAGAGCGCAGUAGUAGGUCCUCCAAUAGCAGCGGGGCAGCCGCAGCGGCAUCCAACCAGUAUCAGCAGCAGCAUCCAGCGGCGGCGGUGUCCACGCCCCCUCCCCCCCAGCCGGUCGGCGGAUUCGCCCAGGUCCAGACCAACAACAGCAACAACAAGAAGGGCACCUUCACCGACGACCUGCACAAACUGGUGGACGACUGGACCAAGGAGACUCUGGCGGCCGCGCACGCCCGGCCCUCCCUCAACCAGAUCCGGCAGCAGCGCCGCUGGCAUGACCUGGAGGCGGCCGCCCCGGCCGCCCCGGAGGUGAAGUAUAGCCGCCCUCUGGGUGCGGUGAAGUACCAGCUCCCCCUCUCGUGCCCGAUGACCGCAGCCCUGGCCCCCGCCAUGCCGCCGCCCAUGGGCGCUCACUCCAUGGCCGGCCUGCCUCCUGGGUACCUGGCCCCCGCUGGCCAGUUCGGAGGAGUGCUGCCGGCGCCCGUGUACGCCUCGCAGUGGCCCGGGAUGGCCGGGCCUGCCGGUCCGGUGGGCGUUCUGGGCGCUCCGGGCACUGUUGCGUUCUCCUCUAUGGGCAAUCCCGGCUUACAGGUAUUUCCUGUGCCCAGGCAAAGCCCCGUGAGCCCUCCAAGUCCAAAUAUGAGGACUACCUAGCGUCACCCUGCCCUAGUCUAGUGUUUCCAACACAAGGACCACAUCCAUUCUCUAUCCGAGUCUCAUGGUCCUAACAUGCAGGCUACUGAGCACCAUUCUGUCUUCGUACAUGUUCAAAGCUUUACCCUGGAGUUUAUUUGCUUGUAAAUAACUUGUGUGUGUAAAUAAUGUGUGUGUAUAUAACCCUUGUAUUUGUGUAUAUAACUUGUGUGUGCGUGUACAUAUAACCCAUCUGCUGCUGGGUUUGGUCCUGAACAAGCACACAGCCAUUCUGUACAUUGUGUCCUGCAAUCACUGUGAAACAUUUUCACUGAGAGCCACUGUUUAAUGUUUUGUUUUAGGCCUGUCUUUAUCCAACUACAGACGUGUCAUUACAAUGAAACACCCCUUUCAAAAACACUAGCAAUGGAAAUACUCAGAGGUUUAGUAGAAGUUGAGUUUGUAUUUAAGGUGAAUUACCCUGUGGGAGUGUAGUGCCUUGAACAGUGCUUUUCAGGCUCUCCUGAGAAGAAGCAUGUAAACAUUUGAAAGAGUUUUAUUCCAUAUUGGCUCAUGUUAUUCUAUUUUUAAUGCAUUCACAUUUCUGUGGUUUUUCAUUCGAAUGUCCUUCUAGCACUGCACUAUAAACACUCUAGAUGCUCUUACUGAAAUAAUAAAAUCAUACGUUUCAGCCAAUUAUUUUAUCUUGCCACACCCGUGGAUGAAAAUGAUCUGUUCAGGAUAUGUUGCUUUCUGUGGAGUUUUGUUUGGAAAUUUCCAGAACUUCUGCUUUCACUUGCUAUCGUCGUCAGGGACACCGCGCUGAUCUGUUACACUGGGGAAUAUUCUGACCGUGGAUGUGUGGGAGAAUGUAGCAGUUUGUUGUCUGUGCUGUGCAAGAUUUAAGUGCAAUUUCAAUGAUCGACGAAGCUUUGUAGUGGCCUUGCAACAAGCCUUAUUAAAAAGAAAAAAGAAAAAAAUAGCACCGGGAUAUUGUUUUGCUUUUGUGUUGAGUUGAACAUUUGAGGGUCACAGGAAAUAAAUGCAUUUAAAGGUGUAUGUUCAUUUAGAGCAAAGUUCUGUUUAGGUGGAUCUUAUUGAUCACUUGUAUUUAUUUUUUGGGAUAACCGUGCAAUGAUCAGUUAUUUACUAAUAUAAGUUACUGAUAGUUUUGUCUUUGUAGCUAGACGUGCGCUUACUUUCAAUGCUGCUAGUCUGUCCUCUGGAUCCGUCCUAUAGCAGAGAGACGGUCUAAAACCAAGUCACCCUUUGCCUGGCUGUUACUGACAACACAAAUACGCAUGAUUAUACGCACAAAAUGUCUGGAGGAAGAGUUCUCAAUAAUAUUUACAAAUGAACAAUGACCUUUAUUAAAGAAUGGGUUUGGGUUUUUGUAAGAUUUUAUGUGAAACAGUGUUAUCACUUGGUUGAAACCGGUAUGGUGUGUGAGAGUGUGUGUGUGUGUGUGUAUGUAUGUGUGGCCAACUGCUGAGCUGUUGCCGGAAAAGCCACAGCGUUCAUUCCUUCUUACUGAACUCAAACUUUUUGCAACAUGGUCACCAGAUGAGUUCUGAAUAGAAUGCACUGACUUGUCACAAUCAAAAAUUCAUCCUGUAUUGUUUGGUUCACAUUCCUCCCACGUGCACUGUGUUUGGCCCGUGUAACUGUGCACUGUGUUUGGCCCGUGUAACUGCACUGUGUUUGGCCCGUGUAACUGACUGUCUUCAUCCCUGACUCUUUGCAGUAGGGAGGCUCUUUGUUUUUGUUGUUUUUUUUUGUCAUUGUUUUGCACAGCUAUGAAAUUAUUAAAAUAGAAACUUAAGUACGGCACAGUUAACAACUGAGGCCAUAGUCUGCACCUGUGUUGACAUGGUUCCAUCUGACCAAAAAUUAUAUGUUACAGACUGACAUGGUCAAAAGUUUGGAAACCACUCUGUACAAAUACCUGGGCAGGUUAAUUUUUCAUUCCUGCAGUGACAUUUUGGACCAUGUCCUGAGAGGCACCCAUGUCCGGUUCUGUCAAGCUGUGAAUUGUACAGAUCUUCUAUGUCUACUAAUGUUACAUUUUGUGUUCCUCUGCCCAUACCCUCGACUGUGUAUUAUUUCAUCAAUUCGGUUUGAAUUGGUUUUUAUAUAAUUUUUUGCAGAAUCUUCUGCUGUGGCAAAGUACUUUGAGUGGUAAGAGAUUUGUGUUCUCAUAUCUUCUACUUUACAUUCAUGUUUAUAUGCUUCAUGAGCAAACGCAAUCACUGAUGCUUGCUCUAUAACUCUGUGUGAGAUUGCUUCUGCCUGUUGUAGAGUUUUGCUUUUCCUGGCCCGGUCAGCAGCACUCAGUCACAAAGAUUGUACAUGUUUAAAGAAAGAAAUAAACAUAUUUUGUGCUUGACAA